AAAAAAGUUUAUUUUAAUUUUGAAAAAGGGAAAAUAAGUACCUGAUAAGAGAAAUCAACACUGGAUCUGAUCAUUAGUCACCCUCAUAUCUUUAAUCCCAAGUAUAAAAGGAGUUGUCAGAGCAACAUUACAAUUCUAAAUCCGAGUCAAUCAUGUUAAACAUAACAGUUCUCAGUGCCUUUCUUUUAUGUACGUUGUCACUGAUAUAUGCAACGACCCAACCCGAGCUGACUGUAUUACAAGGAGCUCUCAAAGGUCUUUAUAAGAAAACGUUGGGGAACAGAUUAUAUUCGAGUUUCGAAGGGAUACCUUAUGCAAAGCCUCCACAAGGAAAAUACAGAUUCAAGGAACCGUCAUUACCCAGACCUUGGAUAGGCGUUUUCAAUGCAACAAGAGAACCAUCGAAAUGCCUACAAAUUAACUUCAUUGGAGAGAUCACUGGUUCUGAGGAUUGUCUUUACAUAAAUGUUUAUACACCUAAGUUAUCUUUUGAAGCAGGAGAAGAGAAAAAAUCUCUAGAUGUUAUAGCAUUUAUUCAUGGCGGAGGCUUUACAGCCAUGGAAUCAACUUUUCACAAGGCAAAUAUACUUCUUGAUAGAGACAUCAUUUUCGUUACAUUUAAUUACAGGCUCGGAGCAUUAGGUUUCCUGAGCAUGGGGGAUGAUGUUCUACCCGGUAACAAUGGUUUGAAAGAUCAAGCAUUAGCCCUGAGAUGGAUUCAAGGGAACAUAGCGUUCUUUGGAGGGAACCCCAGCAGCGUUACCUUAGCGGGCAUUUCCGCUGGCGGUGCCUGCUGCCAUCUCCAUACGCUUUCUCCGCUGAGUAGAGGUAUGUUCAAAGGUGCCAUGUGCAUGAGUGGAGCAUCAUUGAAUUAUUGGGCCAUCGAUCAAAGUCCUAAAUAUAGAGCACACACCGUAGCCAACGAACUCGGCUGCCCUGUAAACGAUACCUCAUUAAUGGUGAAGUGCCUGAGUAGUAGACCUGCAGAGCACAUAGUCGACGUCACGAGGCGUUUUUGGCCUUGGAAAUUGCCUUCUCUUUCAUACGGCCCUGUAGUUGAACCCGCUGGCCCUAAUGCAUUUAUUUCCGAUCAACCAAUCAACAUUUUGAAGCAGAGAGAAGCUCUGGAUAUGCCACUCCUGUUAUCAUUUGUAGCAGAUGAAGGCCUGAAUAUUGGAGCAGCUCUACAUGGAGAAACUGACUGGUUGAAUGAAUUGAUGGACAAUUGGGAUGAGAUUUUGCCCGUUCUUCUAUUCUCAGCUGACUUAAUACCUCCUUCCAACAGAUCAAUGAUCAGUCAAAAGAUAAAGGAAUAUUAUAACAUUGAUAAAAGUUCAGAAGAAAGUCUUAUAAAGUUGAUUGGAGAUUGCAUGUUUUUGCAUAAAAUUGGGAAGCUCGCCAAACUCCAGGCAGCAUUAAACAGCUCUCCAGUGUACGUUUACAGAUUCUCAUACAGAGGAGACCAUUCGAUUGCUGAAUUAUUUACUGAUGAUGACUUGGGGGUGAGUCAUGGAGACGACGCGCUUUACUUAACAGAUACGCCGCUAUCGAAAAACUUCACUUCUGAAACAGAUAUUAGGAUGUCCAAAGAGAUGGUGGAUAUGUGGGUUUCAUUUGCAGCCAAUGGGUCGUUGGGGCAAGACUGGGUAACUGUCGGUGAUUAUUAUCCCAAGAUCGCCUUCAACGAUAUAGAAGGCCCUUCUACUAAGAGGACUAUAAUCGUUGAUGACAUUGGCGAGGAGGAGUUCUGGGACGAUGUCUUAGCAAUGAUUUUUCACUCAGAUUUAAACUGAAUUUGUUAUAAAUUGUAUUAUUAAUUGAUGAAUAAACAUUAAUGUAUAUUAUAUUACUUAGAAAUAAAAACAUCAGGUCACAUCGUUAUAUUUAAUGUAGAA